AUGGCUGCUAUACUCAGUGAAAAUUGCUCUGGUCAGUACCACUCCACCCAGGUCCACCAGCCUCUUGGAGUCAGCUGCAUGUUGCUCCUGGUUAUGCUGGGAAAAGCAUUCCUUGAUUUCUUCAUGUUGCAAAUUAAGCAAAAAAAGGUGAAAGUUAGUUUUAUGGGAUACUUUUGCGUUUCGCUGGUACUUGUCGAUUUUAUGCUGCUGCUGAGUAUAUCUUUCAUUUUCUACUUUGAGGACUUCGUACUCUGGGGCGUACGGUUUACAAGGUAUUAUAUUUGCCUCCUCACUCAGAUAAUUUCUCUGACCUACGGUAUUUUGCAUUACCCAGUGUAUCUGGUGGCUGCUCUGGAUUACUACGUGACUGUAGCCCAAACCUCUCAGUUUCCUAAAAGAGGUCAAAGAUUACUUUAUGUAUUUGCUGUGGUGGUUAUAUGGAUUUCAGGGUUUUUGUGUAUUCUGAAAGUUCCCGCUAUCUACGAGGAAUUAGAAGUUCAGAACUGUGUUUCUCCGUACCAGUGCCCGCUCCAUGCCAGCGUGCAGAGCUACUCGGUCUCGUGUGCCAUGCUGCUGCUCAUGAGCGUGGCUUUCCUGGCUUGUUGGAAGGAAGUUACCACCAUGCUCCUGUCUGUCAGGGCGGUUUGCUUUGACGGUCAGCCUGUUCUGAUGUUCUCGUACCUGUCUAACGGCACUUGCUUUAAGUGGCAGCUCCUGACCAGGCUCCUCAUCUGUUUUCUUGGCACUUGGGCACCUUUUGUUUUUCUUCAAAUCAUCCUUUUGUUUCUCGGUGCUCGGAUUCCAGCCUACGUGGAGAUGAAUGUCCCAUGGCUGUACUUCAUCAACAGCUUUCUCAUCGCAGGAGCGUACUGGUGUCGAUGUCACGACGUUGAAUUGACAGAGGAGAUGUGGGCUACAGAUCCAUUUGUCAGCUGGAAAUUCUGCUUUAUGCCCUUUAACAAUGAAAACACAGAGCCAGCCGAUAAGCCAGGCGCAGUAAUUGUAAUCUGUUAA